AUGGCGAGCGGCGGCCUCACGAGCCUGCCGCUCAGCCUCCUCGGCAGCCUUCUUUGCACGGAUCUUCUUGCACUCGUCGCAGAUGCAGGUCUCGACUUUGUGAGGGACAGUGAUGAUGGUGGAGGUGUAUGUCCCGUCAGUCAUGUUGAAGUGGACCGGGUGGCUAAGGUCGUUGUCGAAGGUAAUGUAAGGCAUUUUUGGGUAUUUGGCUUGGUAGUUGUGGACUGGGUCAAGUGGAGGAAAGGAUUUGGUGAUGAGAUAAAGAGAAAAGGGUCUGCUUGGCGGAUCGGACUUGAGCCUUUUAAAUGA